CACAUUUUAUGUGCUUCGUAUUAAAAAUAGUGAGAGCGGAUGAGUUGUGAGGCUGCGGCUAACUGCGACCAUCAAGGACACGACGAACAACGAGCGGCCGCCAUCAUUGUUGCGCUGCUCGGCGACGCCUCGCCGAAGAAUGCGCCGUCUCUUUUGCCGUGAAAACCACGUUAUAAACACCGCAAACCCGCCUGAAACGCUCUGGGGGGGGGGGGGGGGGGGGAAGAGAGAGAAAAUUUUUGCUUGUUGAUCACGAACGAAUGCGGUUUCAUUUCCGCGCUCCCGAAGAGGCGCUAAUGGGGGUUGGCGGCGCGGCGGAGCUUCGAUCCGCGUCCGUCGGUGACGAAGCGCAUUCUGGCCGCAGUGCUUCCAAGUCCACCAUGAUUCCCCCCGUCGUCGGGAGAGACCGAAAGCAGAUCCCCCCGUCCUUGGGUCAGCUGGUCGCCUACAGCUGCCUGUCCGUCCUCAACGUCCAUUCGCUUCCUCCUUCCGUGGAUCCUCCCCAAUCCUCGGUGGCAGCAACAGCGACACAAAAUCCUCCAUUACCGAGCGAAAGGAGCGCGAGCAGAAAAUGGUCGCUCCACUGUGUCCACGAUACGUUUGUGAUAGGAGGGGAGAGGGGGGAAAAAGACGCCACUAAUGCGACAAAUCCCGACUGGUCGUGGAGAUAAGAGAGUGUUCACCCACAAAUGAAUGGAAACAUGGAGGCGUCCACCCAAGACCAAGUGUGGGCACAGGAUGACCUCUUAAAACUGCUUGAAGCCAUGAAAGUGGCUCUGCCACAGAAAGACCUGACAAAAUACAAAACAUCUGAGUCCCACCUCGACUGGCAGAAGGUGGCCUUCAAUUCCUACACAGCAGAAAUGUGUAAGCAGAAGUGGCUAGAGGUCUCCAAAGAGAUUCGGAAGUUUCGGACACUGACGGAACUGAUAGUUGACGCCCAAGAUUACAUCAGGAAUCCUUACAAGGGCAAGAAAUUAAAGAAACAUCCGGAUUUCCCCAAAAAGCCAUUGACUCCAUACUUUCGCUUCUUCAUGGAGAAGAGGGCAAAGUAUGCCAAAUUAUAUCCUGAGAUGAGCAAUUUGGAUCUCACUAAAAUCCUAUCCAAGAAGUACAGAGAGCUACCCGACAAAAAAAAGAAAAAAUAUGUUGAUGACUUCUUAAGAGACAAAGAAAUGUUUGUGCAAAGUAUGAUGAAGUUCAGGGAGGAACAUCCAGACCUUAUGGAGAGUGUGGCCAAGAAAGGUUCUAAUGUCCCAGAGAAGCCCAAGACACCUCAGCAGCUGUGGUACAACCAUGAAAAGAAGGCCAUCCUCAAGAUGCGUCCAGAUGCAACCACCAAAGACAUUAAAGAUGGCCUGGGGAAACAGUGGACACAAUUGUCUGACAAAAAGAGACUGAAAUGGAUUACGAAAUCUCUAGAGCAGCAGAAGGAAUAUGAGGAGGCAAUGCGUGAGUAUAUACAGCAACAUCCAGAGUUAAACAUCACACAGGAGGAUAUUGUUAAAUCCACUCUGACGAAGGCUGAGAGGCAUCUGAAGGACAAGUCCGAUGGACGACCGAACAAACCACCUCCAAAUGGUUACUCCAUGUUCUGUGCUGAGCUGAUGUCGAGCAUGAAAGAUGUACCCAGCACGGAGCGCAUGGUCAUGUGUAGCCAGCGGUGGAAGUUGCUGAAACAGAAUGAGAAGGAUGCUUACCAAAAACGCUGUGAACAGAGGAAGAAGGAGUAUGAGAUCGAGAUGAACAGGUUCCUCAGUAGUUUAUCAGCAGAAGAGCAGCAGCGGGUUUUGUCUGAGGAGAAGAUCGGUUUUAAGAAGGGCAGCGGAGCCAAUAGUCCUGCUUCCAAAAAAAACUCUAAAGCAAAGGCCAAUCCAGAGAAACCCAAAAGGCCUAUUUCCGCCAUGUUCAUCUUCUCUGAGGAGAAACGUCCCAAACUGCAGCAGGAGCGGCCAGACCUUUCUGACAGUGAGCUCACACGACUCCUGGCACGUAUGUGGAAUGAGCUGCCAGAUAAGAAGAAGGAGAAGUAUAAACGUCUGGAGACUGUUUUAAAGGCUGAAUCGGAGAAGAAGGAGCGGGAGGAUCGGAGCCGACUACCGGACCCUCCAAAGACGGCACAGGACAUCUGGCAGCAGAGUGUCAUAGGAGACUACUUGGCAAGAUUUAAGAACGAUCGGCCCAAGGCACAGAAAGCAAUGGAAGCAACCUGGAGCACCAUGGAGAAAAAAGAAAAGAUUAUGUGGAUCAAAAAGGCAGCAGAGGACCAGAAACGAUAUGAGAGAGACCUGUGUGAAAUGCGUUCAUCUGGUGCUGCUGUGGUCUCGGGAAAGAAGCUGAAGUUUGAGGGUGAACCCAAGAAACCACCAUCAAAUGGGUAUCAGAAGUUCUCACAGGAGAUGCUGUCAAACGGAGAGCUGAAUCACCUCCCAAUGAAGGAGCGCAUGGCUGAGAUUGGCAGCCGCUGGCAGAGGUUACCGCUGAAGGAGAAGGACCGCUACAAGAAGAUAGCCGAGGAGAAGCAGAGGCAGUACAAAGUCCAGCUGGAACAGUGGCUCACGAGCUUGUCUUCACAAGAAAGAAAUGCUUAUAAAGAAUAUUUAUCACAAAAACGGAAAAGUGUAGCAAAACCAGGAGGCCCAAAGGCAAAGUCCAAGAAAUCGGAUACGGAAGAGGAGGAAGAUGACGAUGAUGAUGAAGACGAAGAUGACGACGAUGAGCAAGAGAAGGCUUCCUCUGACGGAUCCUCAUCCAGCGACGAGGACGAUGAUGACGAGGACGAUGAUGAAGAUAAGGAAGAUGAUGAUGAUGAGGCGGACAAUAAGGAGAACAAAUCAGAAGACAGCAGCAGUGAGUCAAAUUCACCAGGGUCAUCGGACACUGAGUCGGACUGAGACCGGCCGACCGCGGCAUGACAGACUGAGCAGCGCUGAGCUGAGCCAAGAGUCCAGGGAGCUCCGCCACUGUGCCAACCCUGCUCUCUCCUCUCACCACCAGAGGGAGCCCCUGCAUUGCCUCAUCCCAUUCACACUCAAUUCACUUUCUUGUUGCUUCCUUGGUGAUCAAACAUGAAGGGAGGUUUCACAUUUGUCCAAAAUGAGUUUGGUUUCCCUCCCUGAAUGCUGACGUGACACCAAAACUGAACAUCCUGCCCACCCAUCGGUUCUAAUUGACAAAUCCCAGUUCACUGAUGUAAGUUAGAGUUUUAGUGUUUGGGGUGUUAUCUGACCCCACAGUGUUUAUUUCAUUAUUUCUGUAACGAGUUCACGACAGGUGGUGUUGAGUUGUGAACAGGCUUCAUAGAGCCAAAGAACACAGGGCGGCGGAUCACUUUAGGAAGGGGGAGGGUGCGGGUUUAUUGAAAAAUUGCAGUCUUCAGGAUGUUUAAUUUUUUUUCCGGCCCCCUCCCUUCCCAGGACAAGUUCCUGUUCUUGAUUUAUGAUAUAGAUUUUAUCGUUGGUUCUUUAAUAGUGGUAUUUUUUUUUCUUCGUCUUCACGAAUAACUCAAGCCAUCAUGAAUGUUUUGUUUCUGUUGCUGGAAAAAUGAGAAUUCAGUUUUCCUUUUUUUUGUCCUCAUUUUGAAGCAGCAGUGCCUCCAUGAAGUAUUCGUUCACCUUUAACCUUUUCACAUUUUAUUGUUUUAUAACACUGAAAGGUCUGUUCUUAUUGUUUGUUGGUGGGGAUCAUCAGAAUUAUUUGAAGGAAUAUUUGACUCUGCAAAACCCUCGUUAAAGUCUGCAAUCGAAAAAAAUAACGUAUAAUUUUCUCAAAGCUCGCGACUACGCAAGUACAAAUCUUAUGAUUUCACUUUGAACACAGGAGUUAAUGCUAUUGGGGAUGACGUACUUUUAGUUUGCAGGUUAAUAAGUGCUUUGAUAGUAGAUCCGAUCCAGUGCGUCCAGAAGUCAAACUGCUAUUUUUCUUUGGUAAUUUUUUAUUUUUUAGUUGACAUUUCCCUCUGUGUCAGUCUUCUAUUUUUCUUUUCUGCAUUUGGUAUCAUGUAGAAUUAAAAGCGAAGUAGCGAAGGGUUCUGUAGGAUGAGCUUAUCGUAGCUUUUUUGGAAGUGAAAAUACAUCUCUUGGAUUAGUAAUUUUCUCAGAGUACUCCAGUGACGUAAAGUACUCAGUAACAUUUAGUAGGUAUGUUUCUUUCAGUUAUAAGGUUUGUAUCAUUACACAUCGACUGGCAGCAAUUCAACCCCCAAAACCAGACUCCAAAGUUGCAAGCCCCAUCAUUCCUGGCAUCCCACUAAUAAAACCAACUGCCUCACGAGGAUUGUUUUUUUUUUUACUUUCAUUAUCAAGAUAUCAAUCAUUUUUGAGAAAAGGGUGUUUUCUUCUGUCGCGCUUCAGUGCUGUAAAACAAAACGCGUAAAAGGUAUAAGGAGGAGGAGUUAAAAGGCACUUGUGUGUUUAGGAAUAAGUCAGUUUGUAGGGUAUAACUUUGUUAAAGUCUGAAACAAUUCAGUUUAUUCAGAAACCUUUUUUUCUGGACUUUAUAAGAAUAAAUGGUUUGUUGUAUGGCCAGAGCUCUUGGCCAUUUAUGGAAUAAGCUCCCCACCGCCGUAUUUACAGUACAACCCAAAUAUCUGACUUUAAAUUUUUGUUUUUUAGUCUAAGAAAUUCAGGUCGCUCUGGAAUCAUUUAUGGAUGUUGAGCUGUUAUUUUAAGAUUGUUUUUGCCAUUUUAUUGGAAUUGACUGUAAUCCAGUUGUUUUAGUCUGAAGUUUAUUCCAAAAAAAAAAAGUGUGCACUUAAUGUAAAGCUGUCCCUCUGUGUGUGAGGUGCUGGGCAUGCACGCACACAACUGUAUAUACCAGAGUACAUGUUUCUUUGCUUUAAUGUGUGGUUGUAUGCACACUAUACGAUGUGACUGAUGCGCGCGCAUGUACGUGCCUGUUUGGAGAUGCCAUGCCAACACACGAAUGUAGAUACCAGUCAUUCUUGGACAUUGCCCCUCCCCCAACGAUCAUCUUAAUAUUACAGCUCCAUGCCGUCAUUCGUUAUCAUCUUGCUAAUUGAAGCAGACGAGUGCUGAGCAACUGAUUGUUAAUGUCGGUUUUCAAUCUCUGAAGCAAAACCAGCGUGGACUGUUGAAAUAAUUUGGGAACAAAGCUGCAAGGUGAUUGGCGAUACUGUUAAUAAGACUUUGUAAAAGGGAUUUAAGGAGUUGCUGUUGUAAUUUUCUUUCUUUGGUUUUGUUUUUCUGUAAAUACUGUUUCUGUAUUGAGUGCUGAUUGUUUUGUUGGUAUGUUAAUUUGGCAAACCCUCAUUUAAAAUUUGAGACCAGUGAGCUUUGUACUCAGGGGGGCGCUGUUUGUUUGUUUGGGCCUGUUUUAGUUAGUAUUUUUUCUCUUCCUGUUUGUUUUUAGGGAUAUCUAAGGCAGCAAAACUUUACACGUUUGUACUGCUGGUUAUUUGACACAAUUUGAUGUUUUCUAUAGCUGAGGGUGGUUUUGUCCUUGUAGUUCAAGUAUUUGCGCAAAUAAAAUUUUAUCUUUAACAG